GGCGGUCUAGUGAGUCGUCGUGGUUUGCAACUUGACAUGCAUCAUGUGUAAGCAACCCAUGGGCGCGAGCUCCAACUGGAAUCCAAACUCCACGAAAGAGCGUUUGUUGAAGACAAGUCUAUUCCAAACGGAGUGGUGAACAUUUCUUUUUAUUUCGAAAUCACGUCAAGGUGUAGGAGCACACGCUCUUCUGCCUGCGUAAGAUAAACAUGCUAGCUAGCUAGCUAGUGAGCUGAACGCUAAGUCACUAGCCAUGGAUCCGCUGGACAUGGUGGAGGAUGAAGUGGCCUUGGAGGGACUGGACGGCAUCACUAUCCCUGCUUUGUGGAUACGACUCGGGGAUAGGAAGCCCGAGUUCCCACUCCAGCUGGACGACGGCACCAAGGAGCUCGUCUGGAGGUCGCUGGUGGCCAACAGCGACCUGACGUUCUACCUGCUGCCCGCCGAGAGGAACGAUGUGGUGCUGAACGACAGGUUCAAGAUGUCCCACGAGGAGAACGGCGUUGAAGACGGCGGCCAAGACGUCUACCCGCUGUGCAUCAUCCACAACAACAAGGACGGCUUCCAGGGCUCGUGCGCCACCUUCCAUCAAAGGACCGACGUCACGGCGCGCCUGCGUUCUCCGUCACCCGUCGGCCUGGAAGAGGUUUUGAAAAGGUACGGCAGGAAGCUGGUGGCGGUGGCGUCGCGGCGGCGCCGUUUUCGCGCGCUCAUCGGCAGCGAGAGCGACCCCGACAUCAAACUGAUGGACGAGUCCUACUGCAUGCUGGAGCGAGUGGGACGGGCACGAUGGCAGGGGGAGCUGCAGAGUGACCUGCACAAGUCCUCUUUCAAGGUGGACUCGCGCAAGUUGUUCUACAUCAGGAAGCCUCUGGUCCGCCAUCGCCUGGUGUGCCCCCAGGCCUGCACCAAACGCCUCAAGUCGGGGCAGUGGCAAAGCUCCAUCCUCCUCUUGCUCAAUCGCUUCCACGUCGUCAGGAGGUCCAAGUACGAUAUGCUUAUGGAGUACGUGUCCAACUUACUCCAGAAGAUGCCGCAGCAGCUGGCUGCUUUGGUCACCAUCCGAGAGCACCUGGAGCUGCCGGAGGUGAUAUGCAAGCAUGUCUUUCGCUACAUGCGAGAUGCCAAUCUGGUGGAAUACUGUAGCCUGCCUCUGGAGGACUUGGACCAAGAGAGAAAACCCGUGCGCACCAGAAAAGGCAACAAAGUCAAAGUGCGCUGCCUGAAGCUCAUCAAGCCGUACGCGGGCAAGGCGGUGAGCGGCGCCGCCGCCGACGAGUGGAAGGCGGACGACGACGAUGACGACGACGAGGGCGACAAGAGGCGAGCGCUGCCCCCCGUGGGCCGGAUCAUGGAGACGGAUUUCUUGUCGCAGGCGUACAAGCUGGUCGUAUCGAGCGGCACCAAGGGAAUCCCUCAGUCGGGCAUCGCGUCCAGGAUGAACAUCGGCAAGCUGGAGGCUCGCAUGGUCUGGAGGAAGUUGGAGAGAGACGCCGUGGUCAAGGGCUUCAUGGUGGACGAAGGCCGCCAGAGGGUCACCAAGUUCAUCGGCCACAGGAGCGUGUGCGGCAGUGACGACCUGCGGCUCCUCUCCAAAGAGAAGCAACGCAAAGCAAAGCUUUUCCACUCCUCGGCCCCGCCCCGUUCGGCCGCCGGCAAGCGACGAUGCAAAACUCCCAAGAAGAGCAGAGCGGCCGGCGAACGGGCAGAAGAGGAAGGCCGUGACGCCGCUUUGGAUUUGCCGGUCGGGACCGAACCCACAGCAAAGCCCGCGGAGACGUUCCAGCAGGCCGUCGCGGAAGCCGCUCUGACUCCAGAGGUGCCGGACGCGGAGCCCAUCAGCGCCUCAGAGGAAGCUUCAGUCGAGGAGAAAGAGGAGGAAGAAGGAGCUUUGCCUCCACGCCAGGAGGAGGAGGAGGAGGAAGGGACGCCAUCAAAGGACGUGGAACUGGUGGAUCCCAGCGACCAGCAGCUGUUCGCCAAGCGCAACCGCAGGUCCACCGAAACCUACCGCAUGCUCCGGAGGAAGAACCUCAUCAUCGAGGCCGUGCACAAGCUCAAAGUCAUCGACGGCCUUUACCCCCUGCAGAAGCUGAUCAACGACGAAGAGAAGCUGCAGGGUCUCUCCGCCAAGUGCUGCAAGAAGACCACGGCGCGUCUCGUCCAGACACUGUGCAGAGAAGGACUGCUCAAGACGUUCACCACCACCGUCAUCCAGGACAGCAUCAGCAGGAAGCUCGACCUGUACGUGCAUCCGUCCGUCCAGCCCGACGACGAGCUGGUGAGAGCGAGCAUCGAUCAGGCCCGCUUCAAAAUCACCAGCUCCGUCCUUCCUGCCGCAUGCCGGCAGGCGCCGGGGGGCAAAGAGCGGCCCCCCAAAGCCCAAACGCAGGAGACCAGUAAGAGUUUCAGGAGCUUUGCCGAGAUCAAGGAGGAACACUCGGCGGGGGACCAAGUGUUCAAGCCCACGCUAGUUCGAGGACUGGGCAAGGCUCUGGGCUUCCAGCCCAAGAUGCACCGCCUGCGUGUUUUGCACUCCUUCCUCUGGUACGUCAUCUACGACCACCCCCUGGGGCCCAGACCCCCCUGGAUGGCCGGCCCUCCGGGCGCUCCCGAGGUCGUCGUCCAAGAGCCGCCGGAAAAACCGGACGAGCGCGUCGUCACCCUCAAGGACCUGGACGCCGCCUUGUCCGAGGACGAGGCGGUGACGGAAAUUCCCAGUCACGCCAGUUGUGAAAUCAAAGUUUACAGCGAGGAGGAUUCGUGGAAGAGGUUCGUCCCGCCCGUUCGCAGGCACUGCGAUCGGGGCAGCGGCUGGGUGAUCGUGGGGGACCUGCUGCUCUGCCUGCCGCUCUCCAUCUACGUCCAGCUCAUCCAGAUCAACUACCAGGUGGACGGCCUGGAGGAGUACUUGAACGACCCGGUCAAGCAACACCAUCUGAUUCAGCAGCUGCCCCUAGCCAUGAGGAAAAAGCUCUUUUUCAGACGGAAAUACGUCUACGUCUUCUUUGAGAACCUCCAGCGCUUGGUCUGCAUGGGCCUGCUGCACUUGGCUCCCGUGGAGAAGCUGAAGGAGAAAGACAUGCUCUUUUGCUACCUGAAGCGCCACGCCACCAUCGUGGACACCAUGAACGCCGAGCCGCACUACUGGCUGGCGAAGGAGCCCGCCGACAAACCCUUUGACAGACGUCGCUACACUUUCAGCAGCGGCGACGACGUGGACUCGUACUGGUUUGACCUCAUGAGCAUCUGCCUCAACACGCCUCUGGGCUUGAUUCGGCCCAAGCGCGGCACCGCUGACGACGAGGCGGCGCCGUCCUUUGUGAACGAUCGAACCCUCUUUCUGGGCUUGGCUUCCUUGCUCAAGGGCAGCAACGCGGUGUGCGACGACGGCACCACGCCCGGCGACGGCAGAGGCGCCGCCGGUCUGGCCUCCGAGUUCUUUGCUCAUCUCAAGCGCAACUGGCUGUGGACCAACAGCCUGCUGUCCUGUAACAAAAGGCGCCCCGCCGGAUCCGACAACAGCAAAUUGCGUCUGAUGAGCCUGCUGAGUAAAGAAGCGCUGCGGGCGGCGCUGAGAGCCGGAGCGUCUUCGCCUCGCUUCCUGACCGCCAAGAAGUCGGCGGUGACGCAAGAAACCGUGGAGGUGGCCGUCGAGCCGUCGUCCAGGAACCGGGAGGUGGUCGGAGGCAAGGGGCGCAAGAGGAAGAGACCCAAAAAGGAAGUUGUCAAAAUUCCUCGCAAGAAGAAAAAAGAGCCCAAGAAGCGCAUCCCCGCUCACGACGAGGCCGACCACCGCGCGCUGAAAAAGAUGACCAGGCGGCGAGUCAUCUGGGCGGUGCAGGAGGACUCUCUGCUCAUGCUCUGCGCCGUGGCCUCGCAUCUGCUCAACAGCAAAUUGCGGAGGACCUUUGUGGCCCACUGCUUGGUGCGCGACCUUCUCCAGGGCGAGUUUCAGAUCUCCGAGGACAAGACCUCGCUCGCCGUCGGGCGGCGCACUCGCUACAUCCUCAAGAAUCCGCAGACCUUCCUCAACUACAGGAUCUGCCUGGCUGAAAUCUAUCAGGACAAAGAGCUGCUGAAGCAGCUGCAGGACAACAAGCCCGCCGAUCCCAAUAACGCCGAGGACUGCGCCAAAGCCUUCGCCCAGUACGUGGAGCUCCUCCGACAAAAGUUCAGCUCGGUCCUCAGCGCCGACGACGCCCGAUUGCCCGAAAGCAAAAGCCAAGUCUUCUCGUUCUCCAAAGUGUGCACAAUCGCCACGGACAAGCAGGUUCCCUGCAGGGACACCCUGACCUGCACCAAGGACAUCCAGACCUUAGUGCUGUUCAACCUGAUCCAGAGCACGCUGGCCAUGACCAACCAUCAGAUGAAGGAGUCCAGAUCCUUUCAGACGUUCCACGUUUACAGCCACUACCCACAGGACCUUCUGUGCCAGGUGUUUGUUCAGUGCCGUAAACGUCACAUGGUCAACCGUCGGCGCGUGUGCCACACGGUGGGACCCAAGAAGAACCGAGCGCUGCCCAUCCUGCCCAUGUCCUUCCAGCUCUCGCAGUCCUACUUCAGGUUGUUUUCCUGGCGUUUUCCUCACACCCUGUGCAGCGACUCCUUCCGCUUCCUCAAGACCUUAGCGGACAACGGCACGGGCGACGACGGGCCGCCCGUCUCCUUCCGUCUGGAGAGGAAAAACCGCACAGCGGCCAACGGCGAGGAAGAGCCGGAAGGAGAGGCGCUCCCGGGCCACGGUCCCGAAGGUUCCCCCACGACGCGCUUCUCUCUGGACUCUCCCGGAGGAGCGUGCGUGGUGUCGCUCGCCCUCAUGUCUUUGGGACUCCUGUCCGUGCACGUGUCUGUCCCUAACAAGAUGGUUGUGGUGGACAGCGACCUGGUGGAUAAUGACUUUAAAAGCACGGCGUCUUUGGAGGACGAAGACGACGAGGACGAAGUGGCCGGCGCGGUGUCGUGCGAGGGCAAAAAGAAGUUGCGGGUCAGCGCUUACCGGGCUUCGCACACAAAGUACCUGUUGAUGAAAGGCUUUUUUGUUCCCGGCAUCGUGCAACUCCGCAACCUGAACACGAGCGACAACAUCGUGGUGGAGUCGUGCGUGGUCAGGAUGCGGCUACGACAAACGCCCCUCGGCGCCUUGCUGAGCCACCACGGCGCCUCUUUGGACUUGUCCCGAUCGGGCCCGGCCCUGCUGCCGUCCGUCCUCACCCGCUGCGUCGGCGAGGGGGCGCCCGCUCCGGCCCGGCGUGCCGACUACUCCCCAGAGGACUGGCGAGCCCGCGCCCAGCUGAGCCGGCGCCUGGACACGGCGGGAGAAAUCGGCGUGGACCAGGCCGACCUUCUCCGGGAGCUCGCUCACCUCCCGAGCCCGGAGCGCUACCUGGAGGAUUUACAGGAGGAAGGUCAGGUGGUCAGGGUGGGCGCUUACGGCUUUCGCUGGGUGCUCAGCCGCCACGCCGCGCCCUGGAUCCUUACCAUCCAGCCCAGAACCUGGCCCCACACGCAGGCCGCCCCCGGCGACGAUCCCUUCCUUCACAAGAGGCCAGGUGAGACGGAAGGGGAGCCGCCGGCCAAAAAGAUGGCCACGGACGAGGGGAGCGGCCAGAAGAACCAGGAGGCAAAGCCGCGAGCCCAGGACUCUGUGGAUGAGGAGCAGUGCCGUGCCUCCGAGGAGGAGGAUGAGAAGAAAGACGGAGAAGGCGCUUUGCCGCAACAGGUCGAUGACCUUGACGGCGGCGAGAGCGUGAGCUUCGCCAGCCGUCCGUGGCGCCUGGUGGACGGCACGCUGAACAGUCAGGUGUGCAAAGGCAUGCUGGAGGCCGUCCUCUUCCACAUCAUGUCCCGUCCCGGCAUCACUCGGCAAAGGCUGCUGUCCUACUACGAGGCGGUCCUGCAGCCCGUGGUGGCGCUGGAGCUGCUCCAGUCGCUGGUGGAGCUGGGCUGCGUGGUCAAGCGCACGCUGGUCAAGAGAGGCAAGCCGGCGCUGUUCGGGCCCCCCCCGGUGACGACGGAGAGGCAAGAAUGCGUUUUUUACGAGCCCACCGUCGACUGCGUCCUCAGACUGGCUCGGGUGCUGCCCAAUGAACACCACUGGAACUAUUGUAAGAAGCAGCCUUGACAGGACUGGCCGGGCCAAUCGCCUUCUUUGGGUUGCCGUCGGAUUUACAUUCAAAUUCAAGAAGGCUUCCAACUCCCGGUCCUCGGCCUUGCCUUUUGCGC